ACACACACACACACCCACCUAUCCAUUGUCUCUCUCUCUCUCUCUCUCUCUCUCUCACACACACACACACACACACACACACACGCACACAGAGCUGUGUUCAGAACCGAGCCGCUCACAUCUGAUACAGAAACCGAGGGAAGAUCCAACAUCCGAAAUGCAGCGCUCAGUAGUUAUUUUUGUCCUGGCGUUCUCCGCGGCCGCCUGGGCUCUGGAUAACGGGCUGAUGAGGACCCCGCCGAUGGGAUGGUUAGCCUGGGAACGUUUCCGCUGUGACACCGACUGUCUGAACGACCCCGACAACUGCAUCAGUGAGCAUCUGUUCAUGGAGAUGGCGGACAGACUGUCGGAGGACGGCUGGAGAGAGCUGGGAUACGUCUACAUCAACAUCGACGACUGCUGGUCCUCAAUGCAGAGAGACAGUCAGGGCCGACUGCAGGCCGACCCCAAGAGGUUUCCGCGAGGCAUCGCUCAUCUGGCGCAGUACGUUCACGACCGCGGUCUGAAGCUGGGCAUCUACGGAGACAUGGGCACUCACACCUGCGGUGGAUAUCCAGGAACCACGCUGGACAAGAUCCAGACGGACGCGCAGACCUUUGCUGACUGGGGCGUCGACAUGCUGAAGCUGGACGGAUGCUACUCCAACUCAUCCUACCAGGAACAAGGUUACCCGAUGAUGUCAAAGGCCCUGAACGCUACGGGCCGCCCCAUUGCCUACUCCUGCAGCUGGCCCGCCUAUCAGGGUGGCCUCCCGCCAAAAGUGAACUACACGCUGCUGGGUCAGAUCUGUAACCUGUGGAGGAACUAUGAUGAUAUCCAGGACUCAUGGAAAAGUGUGCUGAGCAUCGUCGACUGGUUCUUUGAUAAUCAGGACGUCCUGCAGCCAGCAGCUGGACCGGGUCAGUGGAACGACCCCGACAUGCUGAUCAUUGGAGACUUCGGCCUCAGCAUGGACCAAUCGCGUGCUCAGAUGGCUCUGUGGGCGAUCAUGGCCGCGCCCCUCUUCAUGUCUAACGAUCUGCGUACGAUCAGCAGCGGCGCUCGCGCAAUCCUGCAGAAUAAAAUCGCCAUCGGCAUCAAUCAGGACCGCUUGGGCAUCCAGGGCAGACGCCUGAUCAAAGAGAAGAGCGGGAUCGAGGUGUUCUGGCGGCCGCUGGCUAAAGGAUCCAGCGCUCUGGUGUUCCUCAGCAGGAGAUCUGAUAUGCCUUAUCGCUACAAGACGUCUCUGAAGGAGCUGAGCUACAAGACUGGAGUGUAUGAGGUGUACGACGUGUUUUCGGAGCAGCUCUUGCCUCAGAUGAAGGACAGCACUGAGUUUGUUGUGUCCAUCAAUCCAUCCGGUGCGGUCAUGUGGUACGUCAAUCCUGUAGCCGAGUGGUGGAAGGAGGCGGAGCCUGGGCGGUUCAGCGAGAAGCUGAUUGGGCCAAAGUUCCAUCAGCAUGAUAAUGAGGUCGACGCCCCUCUAGUGCUUUAAGCUCCGCCCAUCAGGAACGAGCGACACACUCAGGAAUAUCACUUGAUUUCCUCUUUAAAUGUUUUCUUGUGUGAUUUUUUUUUUUUAAAGGUCUGUUUUUACCGAAUGACGUUUAAGUUUUGAAUGAAUUGAAUUU